CGGCUCGUUGAUUCUUCGUUUCCCGUCUAGACAAAACAGUGACGUUUGGAUGAUCAGGCCGGCGGCGGCGGCUCACCGGCGUGGAGAUUCGUUCGGCGAUCGAGAUUGAGCGUGAGAUAUAGAGAUUAUGAUCGGUGCCGCGAAUGGGGAGAUGAUGAGAACCGCCGGCCUCCCGCUCGAGACUAUCAGCGCUGCUGCUACUGCAAUCGCUUCCGCAGGGAAUCGCGCCUCUCAAGCCUCCUCCCAGAAGAGAAGAUGGGGAAGCUGCUUCAGCAUAUAUUGGUGUUUUGGGUCAAAAAAGAAGAACAAAAGAAUUGGACAUGCAGUCUUUGAUCCCGAAACAAGAGGGAUUCCAGGAAAUGUUCAUGUCGCUCAAGCUGAUAACCCAACUGGAACCACUACCACUUUCGCUCUUCCUUUUGUUGCACCUCCGUCAUCUCCAGUAUCAUUCAUCCAAUCAGAGCCUCCUUCUGCUACCCAAUCACCUGUUGGCUUGAUAUCAUUCUCUUCAAUGUCUGCAAACAUGUAUUCACCCGGUGGACCUGCUUCAAUAUUUGCAAUUGGGCCUUAUGCGCAUGAAACCCAGCUAGUUUCUCCUCCUGUAUUCUCAACAUUCACCACAGAACCUUCCACAGCUCCCUUCACUCCUCCUCCCGAGUUGGUGCACUUGACAACACCUUCUUCGCCUGAGGUGCCCUUCGCCAAGCUUCUUGACCCAAACCUUCAAAACGGAAAUAUGCUUCCACUUUCACGUCGCGAAUUCCAGUCUUAUCAACUACACCCUGGAAGCCCAAUCAGCCGGUUGCUUUCUCCUGCCUCGGCAAUAUCUGGUUCAGGGACCUCAUCGCCUUUCCCUGACCGUGAAUUUUAUGACAUGACACCAGAUUCAGCAGGACCCUGGACACAUAACAAAUUCAAGUUUCGCCAUCAAAACUCUGACAUCUGUCAUUCAAAUUCAUACAAUAAAUGGAGGAAUGUUGAGGCAGUGUCGGACCACCGUGUUUCAUUUGAGGUGACUGCAGAAGAUUUUGUUAGGUGCAUAGAGAAAAAUCCAAGGCUGUUAUCCAAGGAUAGAUCAGUAACAUCUCCUGAAAAAGUAUGGGAUUCUACAGCCAAAGCACAGGGAAGAACCGGUCCAUCACCAGGAGGAAGUCUUGAGAAGAACCGGUCCAUCACCCUUGGAUCUCCAGAGGAAUUCAACUUUUUCGAUAACGGAAACGAAGAUGUUUCAGAAACGGGUAGUGUUGCUGGCCCUUGCCCUGGCCCCGAGAAGUGGUCUUUCUUCCCAAUGAUGAUGCAGCCAGGGUGAUAGUAUAGUUGGUCCGGCCGGGCACCCAUGGACCUAUCACACUGCAGGUAGCAUACAUUUUGAACGAAGGCUGUUUUUGAAGCACUUAACAUUAUCAGAUAAAAAGGGGACUAACGCGGGGAGUAAUCAAAAUCUUGAUUUUGAAGCAUGGAUUCUCACCUGCAGUCCUGCACAGAUUGACCAAGUCAUAGAUGUCUUCCAAUCAAUCCGGUACGCGAUAUAAAUAAUACGGAGUAGAUUGAUGGAUUGGUGGCGGGAUACAUAAUUAUAAUUAUAAUAGUUACUCACGUCCUUUAUUUUUUAUUAUUAUUUUGCGUGUGUGUAGAAAGUUUGGUUUUUAAUGUAAUCCCCUAUCGAAUACAUAAUAUAUUGCCGUAUCGUCUGGCUUAGAGAACAAUUUUUUAUCAGAUGGAAGAAUAGAAAGGUGCUGAUUUU